AAAGGAAAAUCAAUAAAUUGGAGAGCGUCACCAACCAAACCUCGAUUCUCCGAUGGAAUCGUCGUCGUCGUCGUUGUCGUUGAAGGCGGUGGAGGGUUGCGGCGAAGAAGAACGAAACUGGCUGGAUCUUCCGCAAGACGUGGUGUGCGCAAUUUUCCAGAAGCUGGACGCAAUCGAAAUCCUCACGCGCGCCGAGAGCGUGUGCUCCACAUGGCGCAGCAUCUCGAAGGACCCUCGCCUGUGGCGCACCAUCGACCUCCGCAAUUCGGGCGACAUGGACUUGCAGUUAGGGGCUCUGUGCCGCCGCGCGAUUGACUUCAGCUCCGGCCACUUGCUCCGUCUCAGCAUCGAGAAUUUCGGCACCGACGAUCUCCUCCACUAUGCCACUGACAAUACAAGUCAUCUACGAUGCCUGCGUCUUGCAUAUUGCUAUGAUAUUUCAGAUGAGGGAUUGCGUGAAGUUGCAAAAAAGCUUCCUCAGUUGGAGGAACUUGAUAUAUCAAUCAGCAACUUAACCAAGUAUUCUCUAGAAGCUAUUGGCCGGUGUUGCCCUCAAUUAAAAUCAUUGAAAUUCAACAGGGAAGGUUACAGACGUCCACACAUUGUGUGUGAUGAGGAGGCAUAUGCUAUUGCAGAAACCAUGCCCAAGUUAUGCCAUCUCCAGCUUUUUGGAAACAAACUGACUAAUGACGGCUUGCUUGCUAUUCUUGAUGGCUGUCCUCAUCUUGAAUCCCUCGACUUGCGACAGUGUUUCAAUGUUAAUUUGGUAGGAGGUUUAGGGAAGAGAUGUGCUGAACAGAUCAAAGAUUUACGGCUUCCAUAUGAUCCAACUGAUGACUAUCCAUUUCAAUCUGAUAUUGAUUAUGGAUCAUUUGAUGGAGACUACCCAUCUGGAAUCUCAGACAUAGAUUUCUUGUCUGGUGAUGAUUAUUAUGAUUAUGACUAUUAUGGAUUCUCGGGUGGGAGUGACUUUUCUGAUUAUGAUUAUGAAUUUGAAAAUUAUUAUGACCUUUGACAAAUUUGAGACAUUUCAGCCCGAGAAAAAAUGGUAGUGCGAAUAUUUCAGUUACAUUAUAUUAUCUCUCUGCAAACAUUUGAGUAGUAAUGCUGUUUUAAUGAAAUUGGUAGGUGGAGACUGCAUGAUCGUCUUGUACAUGGGUAGUAGAUAGCUGAUUUUCAUCUGAAGCUGAUGUGAAGCGCGCUCACAUUUUGCAACUUGUAUCUAUCUGAUAUAUGUAAGAAGCAAUUUGAUUGGCUUAUGUUAGUAGUUUGUGACCCUGAACUUUGCUGUGUAGGGUUUUUUUCGUUUGAAAUCCAAAACUAUAAAGGUAAAUUUUUAUAAAAAUUAUAGUAAAUGUUAAAAUUC